CGUAAAUUCUGCAUAAACACGGAGGGGUAAAUGUGUCGUUUUUUCCGACUGAAACCGUAAAACUCUGGCGGUUUUAACUUCUUUUCACAGAGAAAUCAGGGCAGCAGUGUUAGCGAGUAGCCACAUUAAAACAAGUCGCUCCUUCCUGAACUUUAACAAACAAGUAAAGCCAGAUAAACUUACCUUCAGCCGCCUCUUCGCUGCGCUGUCUGAACCUCUUCUCGUUAUGGUUAAUGUGCAUGUAGCUCUCACAGCUGAUGACUGAGGCGACAAGAGGCUUCUGUUUGAGUUUUUGAGCCGGUAAGAGGAGGAAGUUGGGGUUUUUCCUUUUUCUUGACAUCAGGCAACAACCACCAACGUGGAGGUUCGGGCGGGUCACAUGCUGUCGAGCCUACGGUAAAUAAAUACAAUCUGUCCCCGCCUCUCUGCAGCCCGGUUAGCUGCUGGUGAGGGAACUUUAUAUAUCCAAGACAACCAAAAACACAUCAAAUAUCAGACCUCCUUUCUUAAGUAGCCCGAAAGAAAAAAAAAAGUGUUACUGAAUGGAAAAGCUGGGGAACUUUACAUAAUGUUUACCAACCUAAAAACAAUACUUUUACUUUAUUAUAACUACUGGUGCAUUUACAGAUUAAGAUGAUUUUAGUUUAGUUUUAGGUUAACCGAUAUCGGUAUUUCAACGGCCGAUACUGGCCGAUAUAUACUGCAGAUAUCAAGUUGUUGUUGUUGCUGUUUCAUAAGGUGGCCGAGCACCACCACUGCUGCAAAUAAAAAAGAAUGCAAAAAAAAAAAAGAAGCCAAGACUACGACAGAGUUCUAGGGCCAUAUUAAGAAAAAAAUAAAAUAAAAUUAGGACUUAGUAUUUACAUACGAGAAUAAAGUCGUAAUAGAAUCAUUACUUACAAGAAUAAAGUCUUAGUAAAAUCGUAACUUACGAGAAUAUUUUUUAUUUUAUAAUUAAUAAUAAUUACUUGAUCACGACUUUAUUCUUGUAAGUGAUUACGAAGUCUUGGGCUGUGUCCGAAAUGGAUCCCUAACCCCUAUAUAGGCAACUAUAUGGGGGUUUGCGCCAUUUUGAGGGGUGUCAGAAACCUGAGUGAUCAAUUCCAGUGCCCCAUAUGGGUGACUCAAAAUUUCCCAUAAAGCAUUGCAAAAUGUAGUAACCAUCCAAUGGUCACUCACCGGUGGCAGGCAUUCCGUCAUGCAUUGCGUCAUGCCAUGUAGUGUCCGAAACCUGCGGUGAUUGAGUUUACUACAUAGUCAACUAUAUAGUGAAACCCCAUAUGGGAGUAAGGGGUUAGAAAUCUGCACCAUUUUUUUUUUUUUUUUUUUUUUGUAGCUGGCUUAGCACAUUAGUCAAAGCUUGACUUCAACAUUUUGCUGCCUUCAGACUCUACCAAAUAUCUUUUUAACACCAUUGUGUUGUUUUGGAAGGAGUCAUACCCAUGUCCACUUCUAUUUCUAACUUCUUAAUGUAAGAGAAGGAUGGUUUAAAAACCAAAAACAAGAGUCUUAACUUUUUUUUUUAUUUUAUUUGAAAUUUUGAGACAGGAUCCUUUUCAAUUUUUAAAGAAUUGAGAGAAGGUAUGAAAAAAAAUGCUUGUGACACCUUUCUGUCUCCAUUUAUCCUCUCCGACAAUUACGUCUUCUCCAUGGCUGUUCCAGCUUGUGCUCUAUAUGAGGAGGAAUGAUUGGAACAACAGGAAGAUGUAUGUCAGGUAUGACUGUCUGAAAGGGGUUAAUGGGAAGAACAUGGGGAUGUAUGUCAGGUAUGGCUGUCUGAGGAGGGAUAUUGGGAAGAACAUGGGGAUGUAUGUCAGGUAUGGCUCCUUCCAUUGUUGUAGAGGAAAGGCGUAGUUGUGUUGGUUCUGGUUCUUGUUGUUUUGUUGUUUGGUCUGGUUCUUGUUCUGAUGUUGUUUGCCCUCCAUUCUCCAAAGUAGACUGUGAUGGCUGUGUUGGUUCUGGUUCUUGUUGUUUUGUAGACUGGUCUGGUUCUUGCUCUGAUGUUGUUUGCCCUCCAUUCUCCAAAGUAGACUGUGGUGGUUGUGUUGGUUCUGGUUCUUGUUGUUUUGUAGUUUGAUCUGAUUCUUGCUCUGAUGUUGUUUGCCCUCCAUUCUCCAAAGUAGACUGUGAUGGUUGUGUUGGUUCUGGUUCUUUUUGUUUUGUAGUUUGGUCUGAUUCUUGCUCUGAUGUUGUUUGCCCUCCAUUUUCCAAAGUAGACUGUGAUGGUUGUGUUGGUUCUGGUUCUUGUUGUUUUGUAGUUUGGUCUGAUUCUUCCUCAGAUGUUGUUUGCCCUCCAUUCUCCAAAGUAGACUGUGAUGGUUGUGUUGGUUCUGGUUCUUGUUGUUUUGUAGUUUGGUCUGAUUCUUGCUCUGAUGUUGUUUGCCCUCCAUUCUCCAAAGUAGACUGUGAUGGUUGUGUUGGUUCUGGUUCUUGUUGUUUUGUAGUUUGGUCUGAUUCUUGCUCUGAUGUUGUUUGCCCUCCAUUCUCCAAAGUAGACUGUGAUGGUUGUGUUGGUUCUGGUUCUUGUUGUUUUGUAGUUUGAUCUGAUUCUUGCUCAGAUGUGGUUUGCCCUCCAUUCUCCAAAGUAGACUGUGAUGGCUGUGUUGGUUCUGGUUCUUGUUGUUUUGUAGACUGGUCUGGUUCUUGCUCAGAUGUUGUUUGCCCUCCAUUCUCCAAAGUAGACUGUGAUGGUUGUGUUGGUUCUGGUUCUUGUUGUUUUGUAGUUUUGUCUGAUUCUUGCUCUGAUGUUGUUUGCCCUCCAUUCUCCAAAGUAGACUGUGAUGGUUGUGUUGGUUCUGGUUCUUGUUGUUUUGUAGUUUGAUCUGAUUCUUGCUCAGAUGUGGUUUGCCCUCCAUUCUCCAAAGUAGACUGUGAUGGCUGUGUUGGUUCUGGUUCUUGUUGUUUUGUAGACUGGUCUGGUUCUUGCUCUGAUGUUGUUUGCCCUCCAUUCUCCAAAGUAGACUGUGGUGGUUGUGUUGGUUCUGGUUCUUGUUGUUUUGUAGUUUGAUCUGAUUCUUGCUCAGAUGUUGUUUGCCCUCCAUUCUCCAAAGUAGACUGUGAUGGUUGUGUUGGUUCUGGUUCUUGUUGUUUUGUAGACUGGUCUGGUUCUUGCUCUGAUGUUGUCUGCCCUCCAUUCUCCAAAGUAGACUGUGAUGGUUGUGUUGGUUCUGGUUCUUGUUGUUUUGUAGACUGGUCUGGUUCUUGCUCUGAUGUUGUUUGCCCUCCAUUCUCCAAAGUAGACUGUAAUGGUUGUGUUGGUUCUGGUUCUUGUUGUUUCGUAGUUUGGUCUGAUUCUUGUUCUGAUGUUGUUUGCCCUCCAUUCUCCAAAGUAGACUGUGGUGGUUGUGUUGGUUCUGGUUCUUGUUGUUUUGUAGUUUGAUCUGGUUCUUGCUCAGAUGUUGUUUGCCCUCCAUUCUCCAAAGUAGACUGUGAUGGUUGUGUUGGUUCUGGUUCUUGUUGUUUUGUAGUUUGGUCUGAUUCUUGCUCUGAUGUUGUUUGCCGUUCUUCCUUAUAUGUUGUCUGCAAUGGUUGUGUUGGUUCUGGUUCUUGUUGUUUUGUAGUUUGAUCUGAUUCUUGCUCUGAUGUUGUUUGCCCUCCAUUCUCCAAAGUAGACUGUGAUGGUUGUGUUGGUUCUGGUUCUUGUUGUUUUGUGGUUUGGCCUGAUUCUUGUUCUGAUGUUGUUUGCCCUUCUUCCUUAGAUGUUGUCUGUGGUGGUUGUGUUGGUUCUGGUUCUUGUUGUUUUGUAGUUUGGUCUGAUUCUUGCUCUGAUGUUGUUUGCCCUCCAUUCUCCAAGGUAGACUGUGGUGGUUGUGUUGGUUCUGGUUCUUGUUGUUUUGUAGUUUGAUCUGGUUCUUGCUCUGAUGUUGUCUGCCCUCCAUUCUCCAAAGUAGACUGUGAUGGUUGUGUUGGUUCUGGUUCUUGUUGUGUUGUAGUUUGGUCUGAUUCUUGAUCAGAUGUGGUUUGCCCUUCUUCCUUAGACGUUGUCUGUGAUGGUUGUGUUGGUUCUGGUUCUUGUUGUUUUGUAGUUUGAUCUGAUUCUUGAUCUGAUGUUGUUUGCCCUUCUUCCUUAGAUGUUGUCUGUGAUGGUUGUGUUGGUUCUGGUUCUUGUUGUUUUGUAGAUUGAUCUGAUUCUUGCUCAGAUGUUGUUUGCCCUCCAUUCUCCAAAGUAGACUGUGAUGGUUGUGUUGGUUCUGGUUCUUGUUGUUUUGUAGUUUGGUCUGGUUCUUGCUCUGAUGUUGUUUGCCCUCCAUUCUCCAAAGUAGACUGUGAUGGUUGUGUUGGUACUGGUUCUUGUUGUUCUGUAGUUUGUUCUGAUUCUUUCUCUGAUGUUGUCUGCCCUCCAUUCUCCAAAGUAGACUGUGAUGGUUGUGUUGGUUCUGAUUCUUGUAGUUUUGUAGUUUGAUCUGAUUCUUGCUCAGAUGUUGUUUGCCCUCCAUUCUCCAAAGUAGACUGUGAUGGUUGUGUUGGUUCUGGUUCUUGUUGUUUUGUAGUUUGGUCUGGUUCUUGCUCUGAUGUUGUUUGCCCUCCAUUCUCCAAAGUAGACUGUGAUGGUUGUGUUGGUUCUGGUUCUUGUUGUUUUGUAGUUUGGUCUGGUUCUUGCUCUGAUGUUGUUUGCCCUCCAUUCUCCAAAGUAGACUGUGAUGGUUGUGUUGGUUCUGGUUCUUGUUGUUUUGUAGACUGGUCUGGUUCUUGCUCUGAUGUUGUUUGCCCUCCAUUCUCCAAAGUAGACUGUGAUGGUUGUGUUGGUUCUGGUUCUUGUUGUUUUGUAGACUGGUCUGGUUCUUGCUCCGAUGUUGUUUGCCCUCCAUUCUCCAAAGUAGACUGUGAUGGUUGUGUUGGUUCUGGUUCUUGUUGUUUUGUAGUUUGGUCUGGUUCUUGCUCUGAUGUUGUUUGCCCUCCAUUCUCCAAAGUAGACUGUGAUGGUUGUGUUGGUUCUGGUUCUUUUUGUUUUGUAGACUGGUCUGGUUCUUGCUCUGAUGUUGUUUGCCCUCCAUUCUCCAAAGUAGACUGUGAUGGUUGUGUUGGUUCUGGUUCUUGUUGUUUUGUAGUUUGGUCUGGUUCUUGCUCUGAUGUUGUUUGCCCUCCAUUCUCCAAAGUAGACUGUGAUGGUUGUGUUGGUUCUGGUUCUUGUUGUUUUGUAGACUGGUCUGGUUCUUGCUCCGAUGUUGUUUGCCCUCCAUUCUCCAACGUAGACUGUAAUGGUUGCGUUGGUUCUGGUUCUUGUUGUUUUGUAGUUUGGUCUGAUUCUUGCUCUGAUGUUGUUUGCCCUCCAUUCUCCAAAGUAGACUGUGAUGGUUGUGUUGGUUCUGGUUCUUGUUGUUUCGUAGUUUGGUCUGAUUCUUGCUCAGAUGUUGUUUGCCCUCCAUUCUCCAAAGUAGACUGUAAUGGUUGUGUUGGUUCUGGUUCUUGUUGUUUUGUAGACUGGUCUGGUUCUUGCUCAGAUGUUGUUUGCCCUCCAUUCUCCAAAGUAGACUGUGAUGGUUGUGUUGGUUCUGGUUCUUGUUGUUUUGUAGUUUGGUCUGGUUCUUGCUCUGAUGUUGUUUGCCCUCCAUUCUCCAAAGUAGACUGUGAUGGUUGUGUUGGUUCUGGUUCUUGUUGUUUUGUAGUUUGGUCUGGUUCUUGCUCUGAUGUUGUUUGCCCUCCAUUCUCCAAAGUAGACUGUGAUGGUUGUGUUGGUUCUGGUUCUUGUUGUUUUGUAGUUUGGUCUGGUUCUUGCUCUGAUGUUGUUUGCCCUCCAUUCUCCAAAGUAGACUGUGAUGGUUGUGUUGGUUCUGGUUCUUGUUGUUUCGUAGUUUGGUCUGAUUCUUGCUCUGAUGUUGUUUGCCCUCCAUUCUCCAAAGUAGACUGUGAUGGUUGUGUUGGUUCUGGUUCUUGUUGUUUUGUAGACUGGUCUGGUUCUUGCUCUGAUGUUGUUUGCCCUCCAUUCUCCAACGUAGACUGUAAUGGUUGCGUUGGUUCUGGUUCUUGUUGUUUUGUAGUUUGGUCUGAUUCUUGCUCUGAUGUUGUUUGCCCUCCAUUCUCCAAAGUAGACUGUGAUGGUUGUGUUGGUUCUGGUUCUUGUUGUUUCGUAGUUUGGUCUGAUUCUUGCUCAGAUGUUGUUUGCCCUCCAUUCUCCAAAGUAGACUGUAAUGGUUGUGUUGGUUCUGGUUCUUGUUGUUUUGUAGACUGGUCUGGUUCUUGCUCUGAUGUUGUUUGCCCUCCAUUCUCCAAAGUAGACUGUGAUGGUUGUGUUGGUUCUGGUUCUUGUUUUUUUGUAGUUUGGUCUGGUUCUUGCUCUGAUGUUGUUUGCCCUUCUUCCUUAGAUGUUGCCUCUGAUGGUUGUGUUGGUUCUGGUUCUUGUUGUUUCGUAGUUUGGUCUGAUUCUUGCUCUGAUGUUGUUUGCCCUCCAUUCUCCAAAGUAGACUGUAAUGGUUGUGUUGGUUCUGGUUCUUGUUGUUUUGUAGUUUGGUCUGAUUCUUGCUCUGAUGUUGUUUGCCCUCCAUUCUCCAAAGUAGACUGUGAUGGUUGUGUUGGUUCUGGUUCUUGUUGUUUCGUAGUUUGGUCUGAUUCUUGCUCUGAUGUUGUUUGCCCUCCAUUCUCCAAAGUAGACUGUGAUGGUUGUGUUGGUUCUGGUUCUUGUUGUUUUGUAGUUUGGUCUGAUUUUUGCUCUGAUGUUGUUUGCCUUUCUUCCUUAGAUGUUGUCUGUGAUGGUUGUGUUGGUUCUGGUUCUUGUUGUUUUGUACUUUGGUCUGAUUCCUGUUUUGAUGUUGUUUGCCCUUCAUUUUCAGAUUUACUGGACAUGGAUGGUUGUGAUGGUUCUUGUUCUUGUGUAGUUUCAGGUAAUCCUUUUCUAGGUGUUGGCUGCAAUCCUACACCAGUGGUAGAGAACUGUGGUCGUUGGGUUGGUUCUGAUUCAUCAUCUUCCUCCUCUCCAUCGUCUGACAUGGGAAAUGUUUUAGACUUUCUCGCAUCCUGGCCUGUUCCUUUUCCUUCACCUUUUCUACAUUUGCAAGGAGGGAUUUUAAUUAUUUCUUUUAUUAGACUUGCACUUGGGAAGUCCAUGACAAAGACACCUAAGCACCCCUUAUUCAAGGACCUUUUUCUGUGGCGCUUCACAAAGUCAUAAAUCUGUAAGUUGAUUUUUUUGGCCACAGUUUUUGGACUUUGAUGUGUCAUCGCUGCUUUGUUAGUCAGAACAAUAUGAUGGUCACAGAUGAGAGGUUUGAUUUUUUCUAUCUUGUCUUCAACAUUUUCAAGACUGUUAUAUUCCAAGAAAAAUGAUCGAUGGUUCACAGUUCCAACGUGGAAUGAGUUACUUCGCAGAAAAACUAUCUUGCCCCUUGCCUGUUGCAUGUUUGGUACUGACCAUUCAGUCAAUAUUUUAUUUUUGAAAUUUUUAACAGAUUUUUCCAUCAGUUUUACCACUUUGUCUUUAGCAAGUCCAUGUAGUUUCACUUUCAAGAGUACCGUCUCACUCCCAUGGGCUUCUAAGAACUUGAAAAUGAUCUUCAGUACAUCAUCAAAUGUAAUCAGUUUAAAAAGCAGCCAGUGACUAUUCCUCACAUACAUGUGCUUAUGAGUGGGCAACCAAGGAACAGCAUGCAAAUCAAAAUAUCGGAUUCCUGCAUUAAGUUGCUUUUCCAGUGUCCAAACUUGACAUUGAAUCAGUGGUCCUCCAUAAAGUGAUGAGCUGUCGUGUGUACCAGGAAUGGCAAUAGCAGAUACUGGAGUCUCAUCAGGUAUAGACUUCAUCCAGUUCUGGUUGUAAAAUUUGGUAUGUAAGGCUGAGUCAUCAUUCACACCUGUCUCUGAACUUGCACAGGAGGUUAAUCUAAAAUCAACACAAUAUAAAGUGAAGUCAGUCAUACUGAAGAAUCAUGCUGUAGAGAACUUUACAGAUGGACAAACAAUAAUUCUUACAAAAUACAUUUACCCUUGUUAAACUGAACUUACAUAGAGAGAAGCCAGGCAUAGUGAUAGAUCUUCAUUAUUGGUUUGCUGAUCAGUCUUUAAUCCCACAAACUCAGUCAGGAUUAAUCCACUCUCUUUUCUUGGUUGUCUUUACAUUGUAGUCUCAGUUUUGUCAAAAUAUGUCAUAAGCCUCUCAAAGCUUUUACCGGUAGACAUGACAAAGAAAAAGGCAGUUGUCUCUCUUCAAACUAGUAGGUGUGAGUAUAAAGAUAAACUCUCAUUUGCAUGUUUGUACUCUGUAAUCUCAUAUUUGCUGUCAUAGUUGAUAGGAGGGCAGGCUGAAGGAAAUUUCAGCACUGUAAAACUGCUUCAUAUCAUAGCUCCUGCGGUUGUAAAAUGUGCCUUUUGCACAAGUUAUUCAUGGUAAUGUCAAUCACCUGCUGUACUUUGACAACAGGUUUUCCUUCUUGGUUUUGUUUGUUGCUCUUGCAAAGAUGGGAAUACCAUCCCUUGGGACUGUGCAGCAAAACUGCCUGGGAAGAGGGACAUUUGAGGAGCAAGAGGCUGUUGAUGACAGUGUGGAGAUAAGAACAGUCAAAUGGGUGAUCGCUGCCAGCACUUUUGCCUGUGCCCAGCCUGUUUCCAAAGUAGAGAGAUGGGAUAGGAAAUUGAAACAGAAAGUGUUUGUUAAAUGGCCAAACAUCAUCAAGUUCAUGGGUGGUGUUGAUGCUCUUGAUGCACGAAUUGCGUCAUACCACAUCCACAUAAGGGUCCUGUCACAGAAGACCAGGUGGCCCCCACUGGAUGUUGAAAUGGAGUUUGAAAAUAAAAAACGCAGAGGUCCAACUAAGACUAUUCCAACACAGGAGAUCCAGUUUGAUGCUGUGGCCAGUGGUUGAAAUUGCGCGUCAACGCUGCAAACUCCCACUUUUUAAGAGCCACACUGCUUCCAAAACUGCUUCCAUCAGUUUCAUGAGUAAAGCUGUUUCAAGUCACAUGCUUCUCUGUCCACAUGGACAAAAACAAGGACAGAGUCAAACAGACAGAAAGAGUAGGAGUAAAAUUGUACUGAUUUGUUUCUUGCUGUUUUUAUAAUCUGUUCAUUAUUAAAUUGACGUUUUUAAGUGUACAAGUCUGAAGUAAAAACUUGAGUUCUGUUUCAAAUUGUUUUACAAUAGUUGGUUUUAUAAUGUAUGGUGUUUAAUUUGACAUUGUAAUGUAUAUGUAUAUGUACAUAUUGAGUUUGUAUUUUCAAUAAAUGUUUUUGUAGUUUUUGUAUAAAAUUUCACCCAUGCACAAAGACUUGUCCAUAACGAAAUGGUUGUCGUAGGUCUAUUUAAAAAACUCAACGGGUCACAUCUUCACCUUAACUCCACUCGCCACAGUUGAUGUGAACUGGAUCAAGCCGUGCUGUACCUGCCAAAAUCACUUCUCAACCUCGCUAAGUCUCCCGUGGCAGAAUGGGAACAAAUCCCUGCAGCUCGGUUUCAAAAUCUUAAAUCAGGGGAUGUCCUCGCACAUAAAAGAAAUGCAGUAAUGAGAUUUUAAACUAUCACAGAAGAGUUAAAUGUAUUUUUACACUUAAUUACAAUUCGUAUAUUAUUUGAGCACUAAAGCCUUGUUUCUAGUCUGAAGCAUUAUGAACAUUUUCAGUCUGAAUAUAAGAAGAACAACCUCUUGUGAUUUAUGACAGGUUAGACUGACUUUUUAAACAAAUGGAAAAUAAACAUAUUGUAGCUGCUGUCCUUCUGUGGUUGGGUGUACCAUGCUGACACGUCUUUCUAUCCUGACCAAUAAGCUUGUGUGUGGCCUUGACUGAUCCUCUUCCUGGCCACCUGUUGCAUCUUAGUGCUACAGGUUAUCUGCAGAAGCAGGAUCAGAUAAGACUUUAACAUGGACGAUUUGUUACUACGACAGACAUGGUUAGAUAACGCCUCUGAAAUGACAGGACGGCUUUUGAUGGGAAAGGGACUUAGUUGUGUGUGAAGUUGAAUCCCGCACCAGCUUUUACCUCCAGGAAUUGAUCCUGUCUUUGCAUUUGCAAGAUGUCUGUGAGAACUCUCCCGCUGGUUUUCAUUAAUCUGGGCGGAGAAAUGCUUUACAUACUGGACCAACGCCUGCGAGCUCAGAACACAUCUGAGGACAAUUCAGAAAAAGGUAGCGGUAUAAAGACUGACAGGCCCUGAUCGGUGUGUAGGCCUACGUGUUUAGCCCCAAGUCAUGCCUCUUCUUGACAGAUGUAGCUGUCAGACAUCAGCUUUUAAACUGAACAUGUGCAUUGUAUUUGUCAUGUGCAAGACUGAAUGACAUGCCUGCCUCUUCUUUUUUCUUGGAAACCCUGUUUGGAUGAAGGAGUGUGGUCAGAGUACGACAGAAAAAGAGGUAUCCAUGCUGUACUUAACACAACAAUGUUCACAGCGUCUUUUUUUGGCUGUAAUUUAUGUAAUUAUUUAGUCUAUUUAUGUUCUAUUUUUUGUUAAUAUAAUGUAAAUAUGUUGGAGACCGACUGUUUAUUGAGUAGCAGAGAAGGGGUAGGUUCUUUUCAGACAUGUUGGGUUCACAUUAUUAGUAUUUUUUUGCUUUGAUUGUUAUUGUUGUUUUGAAUAUUCUCAUUGGUUUUGUUUGCUUGAUUUCGGUUUACUUUCUUGUGUUGCACGCACAUGUCCAAAAAAAUAUAUAUAAAUAAAAACAAAAUAAAAUAAUGAGACAUUGAAGUCAGCUGUUAGAUGAUGAUAUGUCUUAUUUUGAGUGAAAUCAAGAUAGUUUCAAGACGUUAAUGUAGGUAAGAAAUGUGUGAAGUACGGAGUAAAACUUUUGCAUUUCUUCUAUUUCUGUUGUCUGCGUUCAGGGAUUUCACCACCUUUCUGUUUCUGCUUGUUUCUAGUCAUGAAUGAUAUUGUUGGCACCAUGUUUAAUAAAUCCUUCAUGGAUGAACUUCUCAAACCUCAGCAGCUGUAUUCCCACAGGACACUGAAAACAGUGUUAACCCGUAUAGCACACGCCUCAAUCAUGAGGCUGAACCCGGCCAGCAUGGACAGGGUGAGUACAAGAUAAAAGAGAGCGAUGUUAUUGAGCGUUUUUGGGCGAAUCCAAAUCAAGACUUUCUAGUUUUUUGGUUAUGAACAGCUCAGAUGAAGUUAUAUGACGUAAUGAUUGCUAUCAAAACACUCAAGGGUGAAUUUACUGUAAGAAUAUAUAUAAUAAUCUAAUCUUCUCUCUUUUUUCCUUACAGCUUUAUGAGCUGAUGAUCAUGGCGUUCAAAUAUCAAGUCUUCCUUUGUCCACGACCAAAAGACUUGCUCCUUAUCUCCUACAAUCACAUCGAUACCAUCAGGGAGUUGGUAAAAGAGACUCCUGUGGCUCUGAAUCAGGUGGAAGAAGCUCACAGGAAAAUCAUUGAGGUACGCUUGAAGCUAGACUGAGUAAUUCUUGUGAAAUGUUCAGCUGUGACGCGUGUAAACCCAGUAGUAAAAACAGUCUGUACUGUAGGUUAGGCCAUAAUGUCCAGAUUCCAGCUGUCAGUUUUUAUCACCCGUAUAUUUAUCCUCUAUCCUGUGUGACCAGUUUUUCGUUUUCUUUCUCUCUGCUGUAGGUUUACACGUCGUUAUCAGAGGGUGAAUUCCAGCUGCUCCGACAAACACUGCUCAUAUUUUUACAAGACAGCCACAUUCGAGUGAGUCCUUUUGGCAUCCGCUUCUAUACACAUGAGACGACAAUACGUCAGUCAUAACAUUUCUUCAAUUCUUGUCUCAGGUGUCGCUCUUCAUGAAAAAUAAAGUCCAGAAUCCGAAUGGGCGCUUUGUGCUGUCCACAUCAGGCCCGGUGCCUCAUGGGAUUGAAGUUCCUGGGCUCAUCAGGUCGGCAGCUGAUGAUUGAAUAAAUUAAAUUUCACAUGUUUUGAUGACUUUGACUCACCUGACCUCUAACUUGUAACCAGAGUGCUCUAGCUUUCUCCUACUGGACUGUGAUCCUUGAUUUUGAACGACCAGAAUCGAACCUUUAAGAGACCGUUAAUAAAUAGCACAGAAGUGGGCGUCACUAAAGGACUACUGGUUUUAGGUUCAAAUCCAAGACAAGAGCUCUACGUAUCUUGCUGGAAAUGUUUUACAUCCACUAGUCUGAGCUGUGCUUUUGAACAGCUGUAACGAAACGGUGGAUUAAUAGAACCAAAAAGGGCAAACACGUGGAGGCAGGCCUAUGGUGUGGUGAUCGGUCAGGUGAUUCUGGGUUUAAAUCAGGUGAAUGGGAAGUCUACAGUUGGGGAACAGAGAAGAGAGGAGAGAGUAAAGACAAAGGAAGGGAAAAACCAGGAUGUGUCAUGCUCAAAUUUAGAAACCACAAAACACCACCAAUCGAACCCUUAAAGGGAUAUUCCAGACUACAACAGGGUGACUCAGCUCAAGGAAGAACACUUAGGGUCAUUUUUUAAUCAUUUCCUUGAAGUAAUUAUCAACAUAUUAAUCAUUUUGCAGUGCAGACGCAGUAGUACUUCUGCCUUAUCGUCUCAGUCUGAUUGUAUUUCCAUGAAGAAAUGAUCAUAAAUGUUCUUCCUUGAGCUGCGUAACCCCGCUGUAGUCCGUAAUGGACUGGCCCGAGGUUUCGCUACAAACAAGCAGCUGCUGGAAGAGAGUAGGUGAGUUGUGUUUAGUCUCUUUGCUAAAGAAAUUAGGCAAAGUUAAAAAGAUGUUUGGUGGCUAGUGCUAUGGCUGGGACCCUAUAUGUACUGUUGAUGGAGUUAGAUGCUAUUUUUAGCAUUAUUUGUGGCUAUAAAGUGGCGUUUUGGUUGAGGUUUGUGUACGGCUCCUCAGACCGCUGUGUAUUGCUAUCGUGCGGUCGUUACUAAAGUUGGUAUAACUAGAGAAGCAAGCGGUCGGCAACAUCCAUCUCUGAGGGGGUGUCUAACUCAGUGUUAAGGCAUGUUUGACCCUACAUUAACUUUACGCCGGAAUAUCCCUUUAACCUCCAGGAGCAGCUGCGUAUACUGUAGAUGUUUGACAUAAUUCUCAGCUGACAGGUUUCGAUGAUCUAAUUUUAGAAUUCUAAUAGUUUCAAAAUCCCAGAGUUUCAUCACCUGUUUCCUUUUUCUGCAGGAUGUUUGAUGACAAAGGGAAAGAAGUGACACGAAGCGAGUUCCCCACAGGAGGAAGUUACACCAGCCCCAUCAGAGAGGGAUCGUUUGAACUGCAUGGAGACAGAGUCAUCAGACUGGGGCUGAACAUGUAUGUGGAGAGAGCAUGCUGCAAACUUUAUAGUUUGUCUUUUUCUAAAAACAAAGAUCAGAUAACUCUGGUGUGUUUUUGUGUUUCGUAAACUAAAGGUACACAGUAAACCAUCCAGAGGAGACACACACGUCCAAGGCUGCUCCUGUCAAGGUAUUAAAGGGUCUUUAACUUCACGUGUAGUUUAAGAAUUUUUAGGACAUUUGUGGGAAUCUUACUGCGCCCCAUUGUCUCGUUAUGUAAUCUGGCAAGAAGCACGAAAGAACUUUUGAUUUAAAAGUGUACAAUCACGUCUUAAUCAACAGUUUGAAGGUUAGAUUUAAAAUUAAAAUGUUACUGACUGAUUUCAAUUAUAAUACUUUUGUUUCAUCUCUAAUACACGGUUGCAUUAUUCCCACAGGCAACACUUCACCUACAUUAGAAUUAAAUAUAGACACAUGCACCGAAAAAUACAACCUGCAUCACAUUCGCCUUUUGAUGGUUGCCAAGAACAUUUUUUAUUUGCAUAGUGUCCCUUCGUACCAAAGAAGAGGUGUGGCUUUAUAAUUAGAAGCAUGAAAGAUUUACAACCCUGUUCCUCAAUCGCAUGACCAAAACAUUAAAUUAUUUAAUUAAGUGAGGUUUGGCUAACUGAGGCUGUUGACUCAUAACUCAUAACCGGCACACCUGUAUGCAAAAGAGCCCUUGUUUAAAAAUGCUGUAUUUAUUCAGAAACUUAAUUAUUUGGAACAGCAGGGACAAAGUCUUGGUGCGUUGGGUCUCAUAGGGGACUCUGUUAUUGCCUGAUGGCAGGUGGGUGUGUUGAUUGUGUAUCUUGAGCAGGUGAGUUUGGACAGAAGGUGACAGAGCAAGAAGAGGAGGAUUAGUGAAACACUGAAUGAGACACAAAAAUAUACAAACAAGCAAAAAGUUAAGAUAUAGGAGAAACCAAGGCACAGGGAUGGAAAAUGAGAAAGUGCGUUUAAUGUUCUUAACUAAACUGUAGCAGAAAAUGUCGCACAGUUGCUUCACAAAGUCUGCCAUUAGAUUACAUUCACGGUUUCUUUUACAUAUGAAAAUUUUCUGUACAAACUGCAUCUUUUGGAAAAUUGUUAGAGGUUGAUUUAAACUUUUAUCAUGUUCAUAAACUGGAAAAAAGUUGAUUCUCUUUUGCUCAAAUAUUAAUCAACCUUCAAUUGAGUCUGUAGCACAACAUAAACACUCAAAAGAGUCAAUUUUCUGCUUAAAUAGCACUUUUGAUUUAAAAGUAGGUGUCAUUUUCCGGUGAUAUUUUCUAUUUCCUUAUCAGUGAGAUUUUGAGUGAAAAACUUUUACUUGUUUUUGAAAGUUUGUCAUCCUGAGUAGAGGGUCUGAAUACCUGUCAAUGUAGGCAGAUGACACCCCAAACCUGCUGGCCAAAGAGGAGCUGAACCAGCUGGCUCGUCUGAUGGGCAGCAUGAAGUCCGAAAGCACCCCCAAAUCUGAGCCUGGAUUCAGGAUCAACCUGUUUACCACAGAUGAAGAAGAGGAGGAGGAAGAGGCGUGAGUUCUCUCAUUUUCUUAACUUCUGUUUUCAUCUUUAAUCAAUUAAGUACUUCAAUGAUAUUAAAAGCAUGAGUUUCCUUAUGUCAACAGGAGAACAGCAGGUGGUGCUGGAGAGCCGUUGUUUGGAGUGAUAAAUAUUCAGGCAAUGCAGGUGCAGUAUGGAAACCCUGGCUACAGAUAGUUGUAAUAAAAUAUCUGUGUGUAAAACCUGAAAGAGGAACCCCAGAGUAUUUACAACAGAUCAUUCACCACUAUAAAUAGCUACAUCACUGUAUUAUCGAGCUGACGUGUCUUUGGUUCUGUCUGAUUCAGGAUGAACAGUUUGCCACCCAGCUGGCUCAAAUCGCUGGACAGUUUGCCGAUGAAGGAGAGCAGUCUGACAACCCCGGCAGCAGCAGCAACAAAGGAGACGACCUGCUGGACAUGAUGGACCAACUCUGACUUUUUGUUUUUAGUUUCUAUGAGACUUUUAGAUGCAUCUCAACUUCACUGCCUCACACUGGAUUAGUCUUUAUCUAAAGGAAAAUCCUGUCGUCACUGUGAGCUUUUUCUAAACUGCUAAAUACCUGGUGGUCUAUUGACUUAGUUCUACACUCGACGGUUUAACAUUUAAGUAUA